AUCUCAAUGUUUCUUCAAGACUGUCCUGCUUCCGGUCUUUAUGUAUAGCCUCUCUUUAAUGCUUUAAAGCCGAUUUAAUUGCAAUUGUCGUGUGGACAGUGCUUCCGCCGAUCAUGUAAGACACAAGUAUAGCUCUCAAGUCUAAAACGUAUAAAUGUGCUCAUAGUGGCGAAAGAAAGCGAAUACCAAUGUGGACUUUUAUUAUGAAACGCGCGUGUUCGCUAGCAAAGAGCGGAAAUGAAAGGGAGGGAUCGCAGCUAACUUCAUGCAGCGCAGACGCGAUGUAUGGAAGGCAGUGAAUCGUGGACAGUGUAAUAAAAACCGGGUAUUCAUAGUGUAUGCCUUUCGGGUUUGAGUAGUUGUGUUGCAAAACUCAAAUCCGUCCUCCGCAAUUAAAGAGGGCACGGUUCUCUGACAGAAGCCGUUGGUGUUUUCGCAUCUACGGUUGCUAGCUAGCAGUUAAUAUGAGCUAACUAUCGCAAGGGUCAGAAUUCAGGAUCCGCGGUAGUUCUGUUUGACGGUGAUUUUAGGGAUUAGUGGAGCUCCAGGCGUCUGUGCGUCCAGGACUACUUCAUUUGCCAGAGAAGCACAAAAUAAUUAGCUGAAGGCCAAGGUUGUACAGCUAGCUUAUAUGGUUUAUAGCACUCCUCAGUGCCACGGCGCCGUGUUGUAGCUGUCCACGUCUCGUCUGCCAGCUGAGCUAGGCCACGUCCCUGCGGGCGUAUUUCACUUACUAACAUUGGACGAAUUGCAGAGAAAGAUGCCUAGUGAGCGGAAGGAGGAAGGAGAGCAACGUUCAGUAGAGAUGUGAUCCUUUAACAUUCAUGACUCUGUGAAGCGUCUGUAUUCCCGAGCACUUGCCGCAUAUACACGGCAUGUCACGUAGACGGAUGUGUUUCACACCGGGAGAAUAGUCUUCAUUGAGCUCAUUGGGUUGCAGUAACAACCUGAAAUAUCGUUAGACUUUGUUUGUGAAAUGGUUGGGUUUGGCGCAAACCGACGGGGAGGUCGCCUCCCGUCCUUCAUCUUAAUUUUCCUGAUGGUUAUCAUCGCCGUACUGUCUUUCAACUAUUGGACAGUGUCCAACAAGCACGGCCGCUUGCUGGAUGAGCUGGCGGAGGUGCAGACGCAGGUGAAGCGCACGGACGCGGCGCGGAGCCGGCUGGAGAAGCGGAACUCGGAGCUGAUGGUGCAGGUGGACACGCACAGGAAACAGAUCGACCAGAAGGAUGGGGACUACAACGUCCUGGAGGGCAAGCUCCAGGCCAGGGAUGGGCUCAUUAAAAAGUGCACAGAUGAAAAGAUGAAGCUGCAGGAUGAUGUCACAGCCAAAAUGACAGAAAUUCAGAGGCUCAAAGAGCAGCUAAAGGAGCUCAAGCAAGAGUUCAUGAAGCAGGAAGAGCAGCUAAGAGAAGUGAAGAAAAAUAGCACUACUUUGGAAAGAAAACUGGAAUAUGAGAGUUUACAGUGUGGACGUCAGAUUGCACAGCUGAAAAACGAAUAUGAAGAAGCAAAAAAGACUCUGGAGAAAGAAUCAUCAAAGCUAAGAUGGAAUCCACUGGAUGGUCACAAGGGUGUAGAGGCAGGUAGACGUGCAGAGAGAGAGCCUGGUGUGGAGGUGGAUAAAGAGCGCCACACAGUGGCCAAUCACCAUCAUGACAGACAGUCCGAUCUGAAAGAAGAGAUAGGUAAACCCGGGAGUGAUGCUGGCAUGCCUGGUAUUGAAGACAGUGAGGUGGGAAAAAUUGACGAUGUGCAGUUUGCCUUGAAGAAACCAGCCAUCACACAGAAGCAUGAUGAAGCCCCGGAUGCGGUCGUGGGAGCUGGAGCUGGACCUGGAGUUGGGGGAGCCGAUGUUCCCGGAGGUCAGGGCAUGUUGCUGGACCAGCCCAAACUCCAGCACGACAGACUGGAGGGCCGAGCAGCAGCACUUGCACCCCCAGGCAUCAACAAACAGGCAGAGAAAUCAAUAAUAUUUGAAGAAGACAACAAAGUGGGUAUCAAGGCAGACGAGUUGGGGGAACAGCAAAGACAACUUCGAGUUCCUGAUGAUGUCAGAGGUGAAGGCGAACACUUGAAGAGGAUUCCUCUGCCCCCCAACCCCGCCCAGGUGCCCAAUCCCAUCCAGCCUCAGCACGUCAAAGACCAAGUCCCAGCAGAACCAGUACACCACCGCCAAAGCCGGUUCUUUGAUGAGAACGAGUCCCCCGUAGAUCCGCAACACGGCUCUAAGCUAGCGGAUUACAAUGGGGACGAUGGGAACGUGGGUGAGUAUGAGGCCGACAAGCAGGCCGAGCUGGCCUACAAUGAGGAAGAGGAUGGUGAUGGUGGGGAGGAAGACGUUCAAGAUGAUGAUGAUCGAGACAUGCAGGGAGAUCGGGCUGUGGAUUAUGGGAAAAAAAGACAUCAAGCAAAUGACAUUCUUUGAAUGGAAACUCAUACAACCAUAUCUCAUUUUAAAAAAAACAAAAAAACAUUCAGACCUGUCUCCACAAGUGAGGUCUCGCUCAACAAAAAACAUGAACAUCAAUAUGUUUAAGAACUUCAUAGGGUGCAUUCUCAAUGUCAUGGACUAUUUUGAAGAACAGACAUUGCAGCUAAUGAAGUAAUUCUAAAUAAUGUAACAUACUACAAA